AAAGAGGGGGAGCCCGCAGGCUUUGGGAAUUCACAGCCUGACAAAGUUGUGACUUGCAGAAGCACGAGAUCCAGAGACAAGGGACCUUUAUCAGCUUGAACUUCAUCUCCGCCCCAGAAAAGCUGCACUGGCCCAGUCCUGCCAGAGGAAACUUCCAGAAGGUCUUCAUCUGGGGACUUGGAGCUUCCAGUGGCUGCACUCUCAUCCCAGUUGGAACUUUGUCCCCAAGCCUGCUUAUCUCCAGCCUGAAAUUAUUUGGCUGCAGCUUCCCCUGUGGAUGUCAGUGCCUUCCUGCCUGCAGGAUUAAGGGAUCCGCUCCAAUCUCUCCAUUGGCAGAGGAGGAUCCCUCAUUCCCAGGAGACUCCCGAGACAGGAGGGCUGAGAUGGCCACCUCGAGGGAAGCUGUGGGUUCCUGAGGAUCUCUUCCACUGGACAGUGGAGCAGGCCUGGAAUCCCUCAUGGAUUUCGGAAGCAGCAGGCGCCAGGAAUUGAAUAAACGGCGGGCGCGGGCAGCUGAGAGGAGCAGGCUGAAGGAGAAAAUGGGAUCAGCAUCUUUCAGAGGUCCCCCUCGGCUCCAGCUGCUCCAGAUGUGCUGGAAGCGCAGCCGAGCGCGUCCCGAGGCAGCGCCGCUGGACGCAGCCCCCGGACACGGGUGGUCCCGGCCCGGCAGAGCCUUUGAUGUCCACGCCCAGGAGCUGGGAUGUUCCUGUGCUUUCUGGCCUCCACGAGGUGCUGGAGCGGGAUCUGCGAAGGGUGCUUUGGAAUUAACAGCGUGGAAAUCUCUCACACACACACACACACACGCAGUGGUCACCGGGGGCUCUGGGCUGGGGACGCUUCCACCGCAGCAGCUUGUGCAGCCCGGCCUGGAACGCUGCCAGGGAUGGCUGUGCCAGCCUGGCAGAGGCUGUGCCAGCCUGGCACGCGGGGAAUGCCCUUCCCCUGGGACACCGCAGCAGCCCUGGCCUGUCCCAUCCCCUCCCUCCGGCCCUGCCAGCCCCGGGAAGGGAAGCACACGUGGGAAACAGCCUGAACUGAUGGAGAAUUGCGAGGCAAACAAAUUGAGUGUGACAGAAAAAAAAAAGCCAAGUCUUGACUGGAUUUGCUUCCCGGGAAUGACACGAAGUCAAGUAUCUUAUUAAGUUCAAGAGAAUUACAUUUUCCAUGCUCCAGCGAGAGACACGGGCCCUUUGGAAAAUCAUAAUGAACGGCUUUCUGCCGCCCUCAUUUACAUACCUUUGAUAAAUGGCUGUAACCAGAUUAGGGAGAUAAAAUAACCAGUCUAUUAAUUACAAUGAUU